UUUGAAUGUGUUGCGUUGUUGGCGGCGAGAAAGGCUUGGUAGAUUAUGUUCCUGUAAAUUCCUAGAGAAGCUACACUUGCAGACAUGGCUGACAGUCUCCUUGCUAUCACGCUGUUUUUGAAAUUCGUCGUCGUUGUGUUUUCGAUCGUGUGCAUAGCUUAUCUACAUCAAGAGAAAGGUAACGACGACGACUGUGCCGACUUGGACAAUACGGCCUUCAAGUACAGCUUGGGAAUAAGCGCCACAGUUUUCGCUCUUUCGUUCCUCUCUUUUGUGUUUGGGUCAUGUGCCAUGUGCAUAUCGGACAAAGAGGACACGGACAAGUGCUGUAUUGUAGACAUGUACCUUCUCGGUUUACUGUGCAUUUUGGAAAUUGGCAGCUGCUUUGCGCUGUGCCCUCAGUUAGAAGGAAUUUGCUCUUUAACGACGCCUCAUAAAAUUGCGACAACUCUGGUGUUGAAGUUGUUCUGCGCGAUUUUACUGGCGGCCAUCGUUGCAUUGUCUAUUAGGCAGACCGUCGACUCAGAUGAUGACAUCUUCGUUAGCGUGGAAACUGCUUUCAUCUUGUUUGGAAUGCUCUUUGGUUUUGUCAGCUUUGUGUGCCUUGUGAACGACGGGUAUCGCUUAGGCGACUGUAUAUUUGACAAAGAAAGCGUGGCCUGUUUGUUUCCUCUAAUUUUGUCACUUGUAACCACAUUUAUUGCUGCUGGUACUCUCCUGGUGGGCAUAGCUGCGUCUGAAGACGCCGCACUCGUGUUCAACCGGUGUGUAUCGAUUGUUGUGUCUCCAGUGCUUUCAAUAUGUUGGCUGACCAGCUUCGGAUACACUACACAUCGUUGGAACCCUGAGUGGCCCGAGGAUCAUUUCCAUGUCUCUGCUCGAGCACUCCUGUCUUUCGAGUUCUUCUCAUUUUUUCUCUGGGGAUGCCUACCUGUUGUGGGCUGUGUUAGAUGGUGCAUUGAAGAACAUAUAAAGAUAUCAUGUCCUAGGUGGUCAUGUCCUAGUCUGUCGUGUCCUAGUUGUGACGGCUCCACGUCUCGGUGUCUUGACUGUCUCACCAACACUCUCGUCGCUGCUUGCUAUUAUGGUUGUUGUUGUUGCCUUUGCAGUGACCAUCGUUCUUCUCUAGAUCUCGAAAGUGGUUUUGCAGUUACCACUCCGGUAUAUUCCAACUAUGCAAGGCGCAGGCAGAGAGUCUACCACGGUACCACAGCAGUGCGGGCAGAGAGUAUUCGACAAACCGGUAUCCUACGAUCAACAAGGCCGGGGCUGAUGCUAGGGCCCGGGGUCUACGUUACGGCAGACCAUGACAAGGCCAAGCGAGAGGCACACAAAAACGUUCGCAAUUAUCCAGGGGAAGGCCGUCCCACCAUAAUAGAGUUUGAUGUUGAUAUGGGAAACUUUGUCACUAUUGAUUACUCUGGCCACUCCAGACGGUACGACUGGUCUAUAGACUACGACAGUGCUUGGGUUCCUCCGGGAACUUAUGACUUGUGUCCUCGAGGUUCAGAGGAAGCUUGCAUUAAAGACGCGGGACGGCUAAUUUACAGAGGAAGCCACACGUGCUAAAGCUCGAUUUGCCUGUGCAUGCAAUGAUCAAUUUUUUAUUUAUUAAUAUGCUUAACGUAAGUGACGAUGGUACAACACGUAGGGCUGGAUUUUCAUAUGCGACCGUGUGCAUUGGCUGACAUUUAAUGUCACGUUCUUUUGCUUAUGUUUCAUUUACGCUUAUCUUUUUUUACGUUUAGCUACUAGCAAGCCUGAAAGUAGAAGAAAGCCGUCGAGUAAAACGUGUACGGCAGAUUCUGUAUAAGAGCGCUAAACGCUGUCUCCGAACAAACGCCGCUUCGAAUAAACGCAGCACUCUUACGCGAACUAGAGGAAGUAAACGCAGCAGCGUCUAAAUGUGGAAACACGAUAGUGGAUGAGUUCGGUGCACGUUUUAAUGACUCGAGUGUCCAGCGGUCUUUCUCUUGCUAUAAACUGGGAACAACCGGCUGGACUAGUCUCGCGUAGCCAGACCCUUCCGGCCGGAGACAGGACUUGGUGUUCAGGACUUUGAAGGCUCAUAGCUGUAGACGCGACGGUGUAAAAACAGCUUCAAUUACUGAUGUAACCAAAGGCUCCGCCUCGGGUUAAUUAAUAACACAGAAAGGAUAAAAGCCAAGUGUCAAUAAGGCG